AUGAUGAUGAUGAGAUCCGAGAAGAAGUGAAAAGAAGACGGAGAACCAUCGGACAAUCCGUGCGGGAUCCUGCUUGUCUGAAGGGGUGAAUUCUUCGGCUAAAGAGAGAGUGUGUUGAUCGGCCUGGCUAGCUAUCUACCCACCUAACCACCACAUGUGUCUGAAGGCGGGUGGUGGUGAACUGGACUAGACGCCCUCUCUCGCCCAUGCUGUCUGUCAUUGGGCCUCAAAACGAGAACGUCUAAGAGAACAACCGACUGGACUGUGGGCAGGACGCUGACUGGCCUGACCCAGGUCUUGGCCAACGACCUCUGCCUGCUUGGGCCUCUCGGGGACUUGAAUCCCGACUUGCUGGCAGCUCCGUUCUAAGCGGGACUGGACUCAUUGGAGGAGGGUGCUAACUACCCAUUGCUGGAACGGAUGAGCCCGUGCCAUCGUUGAGCACUCUCUUUGCGCUUUGCCAGCCGUCCUUUGGACUCGGAGGAGUUCCAGAUCUGAAUCGGCUUUUCCUCCCGUUCAUCGGGAGGGAUUGGAUCCCCCAUUCUUACUUGCGCAAACGGAAGAACCUCUUCUCUCUCUCGGUCGCUCUGUCUGUCGCUCUAUCUGAGCGUGUUUCGGUCGCUCGCUCUCUGUCGGGUUCACUGGGUGGAUUGGACUACUUCUUAGGUUGCUUCCUGGGUUCUACAACUUGGUCGAUCGGUGGGUCGGUGGGCCAGGCCCAAGCGGAAGAACACACCAGCCAGCUGAACAUUGAACAAGCACACCUAGCACACUCUCGUCCAGCCAUCUGAGUAAUGGGUCCUGAUUGGUGUUGAAUCGGUCCAUGGAUCACGGGUCAAUCGCCAGUAGGUGAAUCCGCCCUCCGGUGACUCGCGUUUUACCCGCCUCCCUUGUCCUCGGACUCGAUUCCGCGGCGUCACGGGCCCAAGGCAGACGUGACCAGGGUCCGUCCGGUCACGGCCAUCCCGAGGAGUCAUUCUGUAGUCUCUAUCGGUUUGGGCACACUUGUAAGAGCGGGUUACCCGUUGAUUAAGCGGUCAGUAUGCUGGCCUCAAAAGAUGGGAGCGAGGCGGGUGGGGAUGCGAAAAAGACCAACCCGUCUUCGGUUGAGGCCCUAACCGCCGCUUCGGGGGCCGGAGGGGACGAGGCAUCGUCGUCUAACCGGGCCGAUAGUGAGGACAGCAAUGGCAAGGCCGCCCAUGCCCCCCCACCCACUCAGAUCAAUAAGAUCAAGUUCACGGGUCCUUCGCACAUCCGAAAAGAACGUCGCCAAUCCUCCUCCCGAUUCAACAUCUCCAGCAAUCGAGAACUGGUCGAGUUGAGUCCCUUGAAGGACGCCCUGCAGAGUGAGCGCGAACAACUCUUCUUGGAGAAAAUCAAGCAAUGUCAAGUGUUGUUCGACUUUGUCUCGGAUCCCUUGUCUGAUCUCAAGUGGAAAGAGGUCAAGCGAGCUGCCCUCCAUGAAAUGGUCGAGUACGUGACGACUACCACGGGCGUACUCACGGAAGCCGUCUACCCCGAGGUAGUGACCAUGUUUAGCGUGAACCUCUUCCGAGCCCUCCCACCCAGUACCAAUCCCAACGGAGCCGAGUUUGACCCCGAGGAGGAUGAACCGACGUUGGAGGCCGCCUGGCCUCACCUACAAUUGGUGUACGAGUUCUUUUUACGCGUUCUCGAGUCACCGGACUUCCAGCCAUCAUUGGUGAAGAAGUAUAUCGAUCAGAAGUUUGUUCUACAGCUGUUGGAUCUGUUCUAUUCCGAAGAUCCACGAGAGAGAGACUUCUUAAAGACCACUCUCCAUCGCAUUUAUGGGAAGUUCCUCGGUCUACGGGCUUACAUUCGCAAGCAAAUCAACAACAUUUUCUACCGCUUCGUCUACGAGACCGAGCGCCACAAUGGCGUGGCUGAACUCCUGGAGAUCCUCGGUAGCAUCAUCAAUGGCUUUGCUCUUCCCCUGAAGGAAGAACACAAGAUAUUUUUAUUGAAGGUGCUCAUGCCGCUGCACAAGGUCAAAUCCCUCUCGGUUUAUCACCCGCAAUUAGCCUACUGUGUGGUCCAGUUUCUGGAAAAAGACCCUUCCCUGACCGAGCAGGUCAUCAUGAACCUCUUGCGAUACUGGCCCAAAGUCCAUUCACCUAAGGAAGUGAUGUUCCUGAAUGAACUCGAAGAGAUUCUGGACGUGAUUGAGCCGAUUGAAUUCCAAAAAGUGAUGGUCCCCCUCUUUAAUCAGUUGGCCAAAUGUGUGUCCAGUCCGCACUUUCAAGUCGCCGAGCGUGCGCUCUACUACUGGAACAAUGAGUACAUCAUGUCGCUCAUUGAUGGAAACGCCGUCACCAUCUUGCCCAUCAUGUUCCAUGCCUUGUACAAGAACAGCAAAUCUCAUUGGAACAAGACCAUCCACGGCUUAAUCUACAAUGCAUUGAAGCUAUUUAUGGAAAUGAAUCAGAAGCUCUUUGAUGAAUGCACGCAACAGUUCAAGCUUGAGCAGAAGAAGGAAAGAGAGAAGCAGAAGCAGAGGUUAGAGGCGUGGGAAAAGGUCGAGGCUCUGGCCAGGCAGAACCCCAACGUGGAACUCAUUUCCAACUUGCUGGAAGAUGUCAAGUUGAGCGACAAGAAGGUUUCCGCAAUAGAAGAAAGUAGUGUCACCAAUGUUCCAAUGGACGAGGGAGACAGUGAGAACUUGGCUAAGAAGAUCGUCGAAGAGGCAGCCAAGGUCUCGGUUGCUCCCUCCACCCCCGGGAUAGGUAGUGGUCAAGCGACCAAGAAUGCCGAAAAACCCCUUCUUCGUCGCAAAUCUGAGCUUCCAACCGACAUGUACACCCAGAAGGCUCUGGAAAAUCAUAAAAGGGCCGACGAGUUUCUCACUACCCCUCCAGAUGCGAGCAAGGCCUAAAUAGAAAGGGGAAAUAUCACCGUCGACCUUCCUGAUCCAACAACUGGAACUAUCACUACUUCAACAACAACAACAACAACAUCUAUAUCAAUACCAACGCCAACACCAACUCCACCAUCAUCAUCAACAACAACACCGUACUAAUCAGCUCCUUGAGCUCUUGAACUAACAAUCAUUGCUGCCUUAUUUCCGCCCCUCCACUUUUCCAUGAUCUGACACCAAUCAACAAACCAAUCCAACAACCAACAACCAACAACCUCCCACUGCAUUUAACCCAACUCGUGUGACUGGCCAAGAGAAUUAGCUUUUCAGCUAGCGACUUCCGAACAACUGGAGCCUCCUUCCCAUCUGGCCAUUGUUUUCAUCAAUUCGCAGUACAUACACAGCAAGCGUCGCGAAAAUACUUAUUACUUAAGAAAAGCAAGUGGGCCGAGAUAUUUGUCUGCCUUUGCACUAGCACCGCUAUCACUGCGAAAACGCUGUUUGAUGAUGAUCUCGAUGUAAUUGGUCACCUUUUCUGCACCUCUCUGUUCCCUCCUCUGCCGUGGAAAACCCGAACUCGCGCCUAGGCUCUUUUCCACGAGGAUCGCAAGGCCAAUAUCCCAAUACCCGUGAUCCAAUCGUCUCGUCUCGUGUCAUCAACUACCCAUGAACUUGCCGUCUGUUUGUUUCCCUUUUGUUUCUCAGAAAUAACCAGCAUCGUUGCAUGAAUAAGUGAGCGAAAGAUUGUGAGAAAUAGCCACACAAAUUGUCACUCCAGAGUUGAAAGUGAACGAGAGAGUGAGAACAAGCAAGGAGGUCAAAUAAAAAAAAAAGAUCAAGUUCGACAUUUUUCAUAUCCAAAGUGGAAUCGUUGACCAUAAUACAUAAAGCUCUAUUUCCGAAUA